AUGGGAGAGUCAAGCCAUGAGAUAGGCAGUCUCGGCUUCCUGGCAAGUUUCAACAACAUUUUCAAAGGACGCACCCUAGAGGAUGCUCAGAAACUGUGUUCGUUGUCUCAGCCAUAUAUCGGGAUAGAUGCUGGGCAGAUCCGGAUCAUUCCAAUCCGGGGUGAUGGGACGACUCUCGUGGUGACUGCACUAACCAAUACCACAUCAUCGUUUGAGGCAUAUCGAUUUCUCUCGGAGCCAUAUUUCGAGUCAGCCCGAUACCAAACUCACGAGUAUGAAGGUAUCUAUGAAUGGCAAGUGUUGACAAAAGCCUGGGCCGAGAAGGAAUGGGCAGAGCAAGACCCUUGGAAUAGCCCCUCUUCCGUGAUAAUCAAGGCGGGAGAAGAGGCGCGCUUCGGGGUUCGGUUUUUUCUUUCGCGUCAAGACGUAAGAGUUUUGAUAAAGCUAUUCGCAAGACUGGUAUACCUGUUGCUAGAAGCGUGCCGGGCUAUAUCCUGCCGAGGGAUCUCCCAGCCAAGCUUCUUAUUCAGUCUGGUUUCAAGAUUAUUUCUAUGAUCACCGAGCCUGAUAACGCACUGAGGGUGACAAGAGAUGGACUUAGCGAUUAUACCAUUACGCCUUCAGACACUGCGUGGGGCAGAGCAAGGGUACUUGAAUACCGGGACGGCAAGACCCAGACAAUAUACUACUACAUUGUUAAGGCCACAUUCGACGCCAUUUCAGAUAUGGGGAGCUUCCUGACCAAAAAGGCACUGUUCAAUGACUCCUCUGAUCCGUUCUUACGGUCGCCCUCAAUUAUGAACUACGACCAUGAAGAAGGGCAUAUCCGAGAUCAAGAACCAAGGGUCUACCUCUCCGGACUUAGUGAUGAAGCUGGCACGGGGGCGUACUUGGCAGCAUUCAUGAAACAGAUCAUCCAACCCAAUAUGGCUGAGCUAGAUAUUCUCAAUGCCUUUGUAGACGAAGUCUUGUCAACACAUUUGCAGCGCGAAGACUACGCUACCAGAAAGUCACUCCAUUUCUACGAACCAGAUACAGCUCCCGAGUAUCACUACGAAGGGGCUGACCGGAGCCAAUGGGGAUCAUGGAACAAAGAAGCGUCCUAUCUUGUCGACCGGGCCUAUAACUACGUACAUCCAGCUGCGACGUACUGUGUACUCUAUCGUGUUUCGAGGUGGAAUUUGGAUGUAA